AUGUCAAACUCUGAUAUUUCACGAUAUUUACGAAUUAGUGAGGAGACUGUGCGAAAUUGGCUUGAAAAGUAUGAAACAACUGGUGAUGUAGAAGUUGUACAAAAAUCUGGUCGUAAACGGUCUACAACGGAAAAACAAGAUGUUAUAAUUCAAUCGAUGGUUGAUCAACAUCCAACCGAAUCUGUAGGUCAAAUUGCAUUUAGAUUAUCAAAGAAAGGUAUAAAAAUUAGUGAAACGACAUUAAGAAGAAGAUUUAAAGAGGCUGGUGUACAAUCAAUGAAGCCAACUUCUAAAUCAUUGCUAACAAAUGAUCAUAUUAAGAAGAGACUUGAAUGGGCUACACAACACCAAGAUGUUGAUUGGAAUCAAAUUGUAUUUACAGAUGAGAGUUCAUUUCAUAUGAAACAAGUAAUAAGACGAGUAUGGAAAAAGCGUGGUGAAAAAUAUUAUGUCUUAACAGUGAAGCAUCCUGUCAAAAUUCACGUGUGGGGCUGUUUUAGCAAACAUGGAUUUGGAAAACUGAUAUUAUUUAAACAAUCAUUAAAUUCAAACUUUAUGUGCAAAAUUUACAAGAACGGACUCCUGCCAUCAGUAAAAAAAUGGUUUGGUGAUAAUAACUAUAAUUGGAAACUUUUAGAGGAUAAUGAUCCCAAGCACACCUCAAAAAUGAGCAAAACGUUCAAGAUCAAUAAUGGCAUACAAUCAUUACCUUGGCCAUCGCAAUCUCCAGACUAUAACCCAAUCGAAAAUGUUUGGGCUUUAAUGAAGCUCAAAAUAAACAAACAACCACCUACAUCAAUCAACAAUUUCUUUGGAAGAAUAAAAAAAGAAUGGAAAAAUUUAUCUGUCGAAUUUGCUGAAAAAUUAGCCGAUUCCAUGGAAAGAAGAGUACAAUUGUUAAUUGAACGAAAAGGCGAUUAUAUUAAUUAUUAG